AUGCUCAGAAUCGCCACCACAAAAUCUGCCCUACGGCAACAACAACGACAGGCGGCCCGCCUGCUGCUCAACCAGAAUAGAUCGCUGUCGCUAUUCCCAUGGCCAUUUCAGCAACAGCAGUCUCAGCAACAACAACAGUCGCCUCAAAGUCUAUCGUCGUCGCUCCAUGCUAAAGAAACUCAGGCAAAUAGAGCCCUCGCAAACCCCGCCAUCCAGGCUGAUUUCCUCAAGACCCUGCUUGCAGCAAACUACCCCCAUGUGGUCAUCUCACGUUAUGAAACACCCUCCGUCGCUAGAUCCCCAGAAGCAGCCCAGGUUUAUAUUGCUGCCCUGAGAGCCAUUGGCGACUUUGACAAGGCUGCUCAGGUUGCAGCUUCUCUGGACCAGGGUGGCGUCGGUGCUGGUGCUGGUGCCGGUGCCGGUGCAGCAUCCGCUUUCUCAGCCUCUGCGCUUGCUGCUCUUCGUGGAACCUCUGCAGAACCCAUCCACGUCGUCAUUAAUGAGUCACCCCUGGCCACCAUUCUCAAAUGGCUUAAAUGGCUCAUCCCCAUGGGUCUUGCUGGUUGGGGUAUCAUGACUGGACUUUCCUUCUUUUCUGAAUCUUCCCCGUCCAUCUUUAAAGGUGGUGCCUCGCCAGAGAUCUCCUCGGCUAAAAUCAUUGAUGACCCUAACGGAACCCAAUCCUCAGUGCGCUUUUCAGACGUCCAAGGCGUUGAUGAAGCCCGUGCCGAACUCGAAGAAGUUGUGGAUUUCCUUAAAGACCCCUCCAAGUUCACUGGCCUUGGAGGCAAACUCCCCAAGGGUAUUUUGCUGACUGGCCCCCCAGGUACUGGUAAGACCUUGCUUGCCCGUGCAGUUGCUGGCGAGGCUGGCGUGCCCUUUUUUUUCAUGAGUGGCUCCGAAUUUGACGAGCUGUACGUUGGUGUGGGAGCUAAGCGUGUGCGUGAGUUGUUUGCCGCCGCACGCGCAAAAGCCCCAGCUAUUGUUUUUAUCGAUGAGCUUGACGCCAUUGGUGGCAAGAGAAACCCCAAAGACCAUGCCUACUCAAAGCAAACUCUUAACCAACUGCUUGUUGAUCUCGAUGGUUUUUCGCAAACAACUGGCGUCAUCUUCAUUGCGGCAACAAAUUUCCCAGAAAUGCUCGAUAAGGCGCUCACGCGACCCGGCCGUUUUGACAAGAUUGUGCACGUGGAUCUACCCGACGUGCGCGGGCGUAUCGCCAUUCUCAAGCACCACAUGAAGAAGGUGGAAACGGCUAAAGAUGUGGACCCCUCCGUCAUUGCUCGUGGUACUUCUGGAUUUUCCGGUGCUGACUUGAUGAACCUUGUGAACCAAGCGGCUAUCCAUGCAUCCCAGGAGAAGGCCAUGUCGGUGAAUAUGCAACACUUUGAGUGGGCUAAGGACAAGAUUUUACUUGGUGCUGCACGUAAAACCAUGGUGCUGACGGAAGAGUCGCGCAAAAACACAGCAUUCCACGAGGCUGGCCAUGCCAUUAUGGCACUGUAUACCCCUGGCGCAACGUCGCUAUACAAGGCAACGAUUCUCCCCCGUGGCUCUGCUCUGGGCAUUACUUUCCAGCUGCCAGAGAUGGACAAGUACGAUCAAACUCGCAAGGAGCUGUUGGCCCGGUUGGAUGUGUGCAUGGGAGGCCGUGUUGCAGAAGAAAUGGUGAAUGGUCCUGAGAAUGUGACUUCUGGAUGCUCUUCGGACCUUAAAGCAGCGACCCAGGUGGCCCGUGCUAUGGUGACGUCGUUUGGCAUGUCAGAUGAGAUUGGACCUGUACAGUUGUCUGAGGAUUGGAAUGACUGGUCGGCAAGUACACGGCACGCUGCUGAGCAAGAGAUUCGACGGUUGCUGGUGGAGUCUGAGGAUCGCACGCGGGUGAUGCUUAAGGCGCGGCACAUUGAGCUUGAGCGGUUGGCCAAUGGGUUACUUGAGUAUGAGACUCUUGACAAGGAGGAGAUUGAGAAGGUAGUUGAAGGGUCUAAGCUUGAUAAGGAAAAGACAGUGACUAACACAGUAGUCAAGAGUGAGGAUAUUAGAGAUAAACGGGAUGGUGGAGAUAAGGACAAGGGUAGAAAGCCUGUAGUGGGUGUUCCCUCAGGGGCCAUUCCAGGGCCUGCUCUUGAGCAGUAA